AUGUAUUCAUUAAUGGAAUGGGAUGUAGAAGGUAAAGAACCUCCUCCAAAACAAAUUUAUUCAAAAGAAGCAAUGGAAUUAGCCAAAAAAAUGAUUGAUAUUGAAGCAACUAAAAUGGCGGAAGCAGAAGAUAUUGAAUUAAAAUUGGAUAGUCAAAUGUGGCAAGUUGUUGCUAAUUGUUUUGGUGAAUUGGUCAAAUUUCAAAAUAGAUUUACUAGACUUUCUAAUUUGUCAAAAAGAGAUCAAUUGGAAGUUUUGUCUGAACGGUUUAAGGUUCUUUUUGGUUGGAUGACUUCACAAGCAACAAAAAUGCAAAAAUUGGAAAAGAAAGUUCGUUUAAAGCUUGGGGGAUAUAUGAGUAUCGAGUCAUCUUUAACAGCCAAACUUCAAGAAUUGGCUAAACAACGAGAAACUGCACUUUUGGAAUUAAAAACGUUUAAAAGGUUGGAACAGAACGAACAAAAGGCGAUUGUUAAAAGAAUUAAUUCGUUGACUGCGGAGUUAAAAGAACAAGAAAUUCGAGAAAAAAAUUUACAAAAACGUUUUUCAUUUUUGCAACACCGUAAAUGGGAAUUGGAACAAUUAGAGAAGAGGGAGAAUGCUACAAGUGGACAAGAACCUAUUCGUUAUGCUUCUUUUGAAAAUGUUGGGCAUUCUUGA